AUGUCUCUGACACCGAAAUGGGUCCAAAAUCUGAAGCCUUCUGGGCCUCAGGGUCAUGAGCUCCUGACUGCUGAGAGGACUAAUUCCUUUGUGAAAGAUGACGAGAUUGCUACUUUUAUGUUCUCGGAAUUGAACUUGAAAAGGGAUGCAGCCAUACUACAAAUUCUGAAGGCAGAUCCUGCAUUUGACAAACGGAACAACUAUUACGCAGGUCGCAUUGAUCGCAUUCGAACAGCACUUGCACGGGGAAAGCGACUUCAGCAACUCUCUGCAAAGCACGGUUGGAGUGAGGAUGAAUAUCAAGUCGCUUACGACUUGAUAGGUGAGGCUACGCCGUAUGGCCUGCAUGCUGGCAUGUUUACAAAAACACUCAGAGAACAGUGUACACCUGAACAACAAGCCAAAUUUCUGAAAGCUGCGAUCGAUUAUGAGAUCAUUGGGUGUUAUGCGCAAACUGAACUUGGCCACGGCUCGAAUGUCAAAGGCAUUGAAACCACGGCGACUUGGGUGGCACAAUCUCAGACUUUUGAAAUACAUUCGCCUUAUCUGACCGCCUCCAAAUGGUGGAUCGGAUCACUUGGUAAGGCCGCAAAUCACGCUGUGGUUAUGGCUCAGCUUCUUAUUGAAGGCAAAAGCUAUGGCCCGCAUCUCUUUCUGGUCAAGAUACGAGACUUGUCAAGCCAUCAACCACUUCCGCAAGUGUAUGUCGGCGAUAUUGGACCUAAAGUCGGCUUCAAUACCAUGGAUAACGGGUUUCUGCUGUUCGAUCACCUACAGAUUCCUCACGAGAACAUGUUGGCGAGAUUUGCAAAUGUGGACCCUCUGAGUGGAAAAUACUAUCAAUCCCCGAAUCCUUCACUCGUCUACGGCACUAUGACAUGGGUACGGUCCAACAUUGUGCUCCGAUCUGGGCGGGCGCUGGCCCGUGGUGUCACCAUCGCAGUUCGGUAUUGUGCCGUGCGCCGACAGUUCGUUGACCGAGACAACGCAGCACCGGACACAGAAACCCAAGUGUUAGAUUACACUAUGGUUCAGCACCGGCUUUUCCCUUUGCUGGCCGCCACGUUUGCAUUACACUUCACGGGAAAAAAGAUGAUCCAGAUGUAUCAGAACCACCAGGCUGCUGGUGGUAAAGCACUGAUCAUAGAGCGCCCGACGGGACCUGAGGAGGCGCCAAGCAUAGUAUAUGAUGCGAACCGAGCGUUGGCUCAACUACAUGCUCUAUCUUGUGCACUUAAGGCUCUGACUUCAACGAUCGCUGGAGAAGGAUUGGAAACUUGCAGAAGAGCCUGUGGUGGUCACGGCUAUUCUGCAUUUGCGGGUAUUGGAGCUUGGGCGGCUGAUUACUUGCCAACACUUACCUGGGAAGGGGAUAACUAUAUGCUUACGCAGCAAGUGAGUCGCUACUUGUUGAAAGCUGCAAGACAGGUGCGCAAGAAUCAACAUCGUUCGGAAAACGGUGACGCUGUGCAACUCCUUGCCGACUACACUUCUCACAAGAGCACAGCAACUCAGAGCCUUGACUUCGAAUUGGAUGAUGCAGGGUUAAUUCAAGCAUUCCGCCACCGAGUCGGUCACCAAACAUUCGACUUGCUGCGCCGGAGAGACCAAGAAGGCGCGUCCUGGAAUAGUCUCCUGGUCGAUUUCUGGAAGCUGAGCACGGCGUACGCCCAAUACUCACUCGUGAGAAAUUUCAAGGAAGCGUUACAAGACGCCACGCAGACUGGCCUCGCACAAGGUAACAUUGAGGUCCUCCACAACCUCUUCCGCCUUUACGCGUUGAGCGUCCUGUCGCAGGAUUUCGCCGGUUUUUUGAAGAGUGGAGCAUACACGCCAAACAAAUUGGUCCAGAUCGAGGCGGAAAUGCUGAAACUCCUCCUGAGUAUCCGGCCUCAUGCGGUCAAGCUCGUGGACGCGUGGAAGCUGUCAGACUGGCAGUUAGACAGCAGUCUUGGGCGAAGCGAUGGUAAGGUGUAUGAGGAUCUCUUUCACAGAGCUAGUGUGCUCAAUCCGUUGAACCUGGUGACGUUCGACUCUAACCCGAGAAGUCCUGUGCUGUUUCGCGAAUGGCAUUCCCAACCAUCCAAGCUCUGA